GGGCCAAGAAUCUCUAAAUAGCUUCGCCCGAAACUCAUUUUCAAUGGCUGAGCUUGACUUCUCAUCAUCAAAGGACGAAUCAAUCUCCUCCAGUAUCCACGAUUCUUCGGCUCUGUUCCAAACGGAGACAGACAGCAUGGUUUUGGCGGCGAAAGUAGGGUAUCAGCGCCUCGGAGUACGGAACAUACCAACAC